GAAUCUGCCCCCCUCCACAACAUUACCUCCGCGGUACACCCGAGAAACAAUGAUACCCCAGCAGCAGCAGCAGCAACAGCAGCAGACCCGACAGCGGCUUGGGCCCGGAGCAGCUUUCCCGAGCUCUGUCGGUGAGCUAUGAGCAUGCCACCACUCCGGCCUCCUCGCCUCAGCCUCACCGACACUCGUUCACCACCAGCAAGAUGUAUUUCAACCGUAGAGCCAAGAAGAUACACAGUGAGGGAGCCUCACCUCUCUCCCAUCAAUCCAACGGUGCAGGACCCGCUUGCUCGUCCGCCGGCUACCGCAAGGCAGAUGAUGAGAUGUCCGGGACCACUUCCCAGGCGGAUCCCGUAGACGCCACGGCGCGGACGGUGCUGCUCAACCGGCCACAGAUCACCAAGUUCUGCGACAACCAUGUGAGUACGACCAAGUAUGGAGUCCUCACCUUUCUGCCCCGGUUCUUGUAUGAGCAGAUCAGGCGGGCUGCCAACGCCUUCUUCCUGUUCAUCGCACUCAUGCAGCAAAUCCCUGAUGUAUCACCGACCGGUCGCUACACCACACUGGUCCCGCUCAUCUUCAUCCUCACUGUGGCCGGGAUCAAAGAGAUCAUUGAGGACUAUAAAAGACACAAAGCAGACAACACAGUGAACAAGAAGAAAACAACAGUGCUGCGGAACGGAGCCUGGCAGACUAUCAUCUGGAAACAGGUGGCAGUAGGAGACAUAGUGAAGGUUACCAAUGGACAGCACCUUCCAGCUGACAUGGUCAUUGUGUCCUCCAGUGAGCCGCAGGCCAUGUGUUACACUGAGACCUCCAACCUGGAUGGAGAAACCAACCUGAAGAUCAGACAGGGUCUCCAGCUCACAGCUAGUGCUCAGAACCUGGAGGAUUUGAUGGCGCUGUCUGGUCGUUUGGAGUGCGAAGGCCCGAACAGACACUUGUAUGACUUCACUGGCACACUGCGGCUGGAGAACCUCAAUCCAGCUCCCCUGGGUCCAGACCAGGUGUUGCUGCGUGGCGCCCAGCUCAGAAACACGCAGUGGGUUGUGGGAAUUGUUGUCUACACUGGCCACGACUCUAAACUGAUGCAGAACUCCACCAAAGCGCCACUGAAGCGCUCUAACGUGGAGCGGGUGACCAACAUGCAGAUCCUGGUCUUGUUUGGCAUCCUGCUGGUCAUGGCCCUGGUCAGCUCUGUGGGCGCUGCCAUCUGGAACAAAGAACACACUGAAGAUGCGUGCUGGUACUUGUCCCGGGCUGGUGACAUCUCCACUAACUUUGCGUAUAACCUGCUGACGUUCAUCAUCCUGUACAACAACCUGAUCCCCAUCAGCCUGCUGGUCACUCUGGAGGUGGUCAAGUUCACACAGGCUCUCUUCAUCAACUGGGACGUGGAGAUGUACUACGCAGAGACGGACACACCGGCCAUGGCUCGAACGUCCAAUCUUAACGAGGAACUGGGCCAGGUGAAGUAUCUCUUUUCCGACAAGACGGGGACUCUGACCUGUAACGUCAUGCACUUUAAGAAGUGUUCCAUUGCGGGAAUCACAUAUGGCCACUUCCCUGAUCUUGACUGUGAUCGUUCAAUGGAGGACUUCAGCAAUCUGCCGCCCAGCAGCAAUAACUCUACCGAGUUUGAUGACCCAACUCUCAUCGAAAACAUUGAGAACCAUCCUACAUCGCCUCAAAUCUGUGAGUUCCUGACAAUGAUGGCAGUGUGCCACACGGUGGUCCCAGAGAGAGAGGAAAACCAGAUAAUUUACCAGGCCUCUUCGCCAGAUGAAGGCGCGCUGGUCAAAGGAGCCAAAGGGCUCGGCUUUGUCUUCACUGCAAGAACCCCGCAUUCAGUCAUAAUCGAAGCUAGAGAAAAAGAGAUGAGCUAUGAACUACUGAAUGUGCUGGAGUUUUCCAGCAACCGCAAACGCAUGUCUGUGGUGGUGAGAACCCCCGAUGGGAAGCUGCGGCUGUACUGCAAAGGAGCUGAUAAUGUCAUUUUUGAGCGCCUGACUGAGGCGUCCCAGUACAAAGAAUUAACUAUUGCUCACCUGGAACAGUUUGCUACUGAAGGCCUGAGGACUCUGUGUUUUGCCUAUGUGGACCUGGAGGAAGGCGCCUACCAGGAGUGGCUGAAGGAAUACAAUCGAGUCAGCACAGUGCUCAAAGACCGCGCUCAGAAACUAGAGGAGUGUUAUGAACUGCUGGAAAAGAACUUAAUGCUGUUGGGCGCCACAGCCAUAGAGGACCGUCUCCAGGCCGGCGUGCCAGAGACCAUCGCCACGCUGAUGAGGGCUGACAUCAAGAUCUGGGUCCUCACUGGAGACAAGCAGGAGACUGCCAUCAACAUAGGUUACUCAUGUCGUCUGGUGACACACGGCAUGUCCCUCAUCAUCGUCAAUGAGGACUCUCUGGACGCUACUCGUGCCACAUUGACCACUCACUGUUCGUCCCUGGGCGACUCUCUGAGGAAGGAAAAUGAGCUGGCGCUGAUCAUCGACGGUCAGACGCUGAAAUACGCGCUGUCCUUCGAGCUCCGCCAGGCCUUCCUUGACUUGGCGUUGUCCUGCAAGGCUGUCAUCUGCUGCCGAGUGUCUCCGCUGCAGAAGUCAGAGAUUGUGGAUAUGGUAAAGAAGCACGUGAAGGCCAUCACGCUGGCGAUAGGCGACGGCGCCAACGACGUGGGCAUGAUUCAGACGGCUCACGUCGGAGUGGGGAUCAGCGGCAACGAGGGCAUGCAGGCCACCAACUCUUCUGACUACUCCAUAGCACAGUUCUCCUACCUAGAGAAGCUGCUAUUGGUCCAUGGGGCGUGGAGCUACAAUCGUGUCACCAAGUGCAUCCUCUACUGUUUCUACAAGAAUGUGGUCCUAUACAUUAUAGAGCUCUGGUUUGCCUUUGUGAACGGGUUCUCUGGCCAGAUCCUUUUUGAGCGCUGGUGCAUCGGCCUCUACAAUGUGAUAUUUACUGCCCUGCCUCCGUUCACUCUGGGGAUAUUCGACCGGCCGUGCAGCCAGCAGAACAUGCUCCGUUUCCCACAGCUCUACCGAAUUACCCAGAAUGCCGAGGGCUUCAACACCAAGGUGUUUUGGGGUCACUGUAUCAAUGCACUGAUUCAUUCAAUUAUUCUGUUUUGGUUUCCGCUCAAAAUGUUAGAGCAUGACUCUCCCUUCAGUAACGGCCAGGGAAAUGACUACCUGUUUGUUGGAAACAUGGUGUACACGUAUGUGGUAGUUACAGUAUGUCUGAAAGCUGGAAUGGAGACCACCGCUUGGACCAGGUUUUCCCACCUGGCGGUUUGGGGAAGCAUGGUGCUCUGGAUGGUCUUCUUUGCUGUCUACUCCGCCAUCUGGCCCACCAUCCCCAUCGCCCCUGACAUGCUGGGCCAGGCUGGCAAGGUGAUGCAGUGCUGGUACUUCUGGCUGGGCCUGGUCCUGGUACCUACUGCGUGUUUACUCAAAGACUUUGCUUGGACCGCCACACGUCGUACUGUGAGGAAGUCUCUCCUAGAGGAGGUGCAGGAGUUGGAGGCUCGUGCCGUCGACCCAGGGGCAGCUGUACUUAGGGAUGCCAGCGGCCGCAGUCUAAACGAACGGGCCCAUCUGCUGACAAGAGUCUUUAGGAAAACACCUUCAAGCGUAGGACGCUCAAACUCGGUGCAGCAGACUGUGUCACAUGGCUAUGCCUUCUCUCAGGAGGAGCACGGCGUGGUGUCCCAAUCCCAGGUAGUGCGCUCCUACGACACCACCCGCCAACGCCCCAGCCUCUAGCCCCCACUCCUGACCAAGGCUUUCGGCUCAUCGUAGCAGUGGUUGUCAAGGCGACAGCGGAGACAGACCAAUGUGACACCCUCGCGCCGGGUGACCCCCUUGCUGUGGCCUUACCGGAACUAUGACCUGACCCCUCGCCGGGGAUGGGGGUCACGCUCAGGCGUGGAGGCCGUCGCUGGCGCCUGGUGGACUGGUUUGAGAGAAGGGACCAGGCCGACAUUAUGGAAUAAACAUUCUUCAAACUCACACGAACUGCACACGCAUGAGCAAUCAUAUCCACGCACAGACAUGACAAGUCAAACUCAGAUACUGCUGCUCAUAUCCGUAUACCCCACAGAUUGGGUUCGCUUCAUGCCGCUGUGUGUUUAUGUGUGAGUGUGUGUGUGUGUGUGUGUGUGUGUGUGCGAGCACAGCACAUUCCAGCGUGUCUAUAUCUGCCUGUGCAUGUAUCUACUCUGCACGCAUUGGCGCUCCUGUGUUUGCGUGCAUGUGUGUGUGUGUCGGCCCGCGUGUGUUUGCUUCCACGGUUCCCUCCCAUCUCUCUCGUGAGGUGGGUUUAGCUAAUCUGUCAUCACGCGCCGGCAGGGGGGGAGGGGACGUCAAAAUAAACACACGCACGCACACAUGCGCUGAUGGGGGAAAGAAAACAAAAGGGUAAGACCAAGGACCGCUGGAGCCAGGCAACCCCAGCUACAGGCCCCCUCCCCUUUGUCCCAUCGCAGCACCAAGCCUCACUGCCAAACACCACAGAGACGCCACUGAGGCAGAACGCUCACGCCAAACUGGACCACCACCCCGCUGCAACCCCUCCUUCGCCACUGGGACCUCCUCUUGCUUAUCCCUCCCUUCAUUUCUUCCUUCCUAUCUCUCCAUCUCCUAGCCACUCUGCAGCCGCCUCCUCCCCUCCCCCCCCCUCCCCUUGUCCUGGCUAGUUUUGUUUCCUUUGUUUCUUACCACUCCGGUGAUUCCUGUUGCUGCCUGUGUAGCAUCGUCAGCUGACAUGGAAGCAGCAAGCCUGGCAUUAGAGCGUCCUCCUUCAGUUCUGUUGGGUUUCCGCUCUUCAUUGGACUGUUCCUUUUGUUUUUUAUUAUUAUUAAAGUGGACAUUAAUGUGUAUGCGUUUCUAUUUUUCUUUUCAUUAAUGCCUGUUUUUGUACUCAUUUGGAGAAAUGUCUUAGAGGGAAUAUUUUACUUGAACUAGUGCUAAUAGGCAUCCAAACAGAAUUGAGAUCUGAUUGAGACACUCGCCUGGAUCAUGUGUUUUUCUGGCUCUGGGAUUUGUCUGAAUGUAGGGUCCAUUGUCUGUUUGCUCUGUGUUGAGGACACUCUAGUUCAGGAAUGCAAGAAGGGUGGGAGAUUCAGAGUCCUAAUCAUUAAAUCUAAUCAAUCCAUGGCCUGAA